UCUCCACUUCCGUUACAGGAUACAAAGUAUCUCCAAUCUCCAAGUGGACUUAGGAGUCUACUUAUAUCCAUACUUAACAAUUAUAGAAAAAAUUAAAAGAAUAGUCGCUCUUCCUUUUUGGAAGUAAAAAAUUAAAGGGACUAUAUUUUUUUUAUAUGUUUUUUUUUUAACCACUGGCUGAAUCCUGAAGUCAUGAGAUUAGAAAUAGGAUUAUGGUAUAGAAUUCAAAAGUGUUUCUGAAGUAGUUCCUUAUUAGUUUACAUGAUGUGCGCAUCUGUGUUAGUGGUUUAAUGUUUUAAAGAGCAAUUCAAAUUAUUUGUCACACCAUGGAACAGUUAAUAAGGACCUCUAUUAUUCGUAUUUUUAUCAUGCUCAUGUUAGUAAUAGGCCUAAAUAGAGCAGAACAACUUCUGUGCCAAUCAAAAGUAUUGACAAAGAAAGACUAUGGCAAGUCGUGUUCCUAUCACAGCGAGUGUGAGACAGGCAUCUGUUCAAAUUUAAAAUGUAGCUGUGACAAUCUGUUCUUCUACGACAAUUGCAGUCAGACCUGUAUUAAAAAUUGCAACAACAGUUUGUACUAUUCCGAAUCAUCAAACCAAGCUGCUGGCCUCAUAGUCAGUGCAGAUUCCGUAAAUCCUCCUGGUACAAAAUGUCUGUGGCAAAUCUACGGAUGGCCUGGAUCCUAUUUGACACUUGUAAUUGAGAUCAUAGAUAUGAACCCUCAUGAAAAUGUGACCAAUUGGGUGAAUGUACUGUCCACAAGAUCGCAGCUGUUGACUAGAGAGGAAUCUCUUAAAAGACAUUUUCCUAGAACACUGGCGGCGGAAUCUGGUGACUUAAGAGUCUACUACAGCACGACAUUCUCAGGAUACAAAGGACUUAGAGCUUCGUAUUAUAUAUAUGAUUUUAAAGCAGUACUGACUAACUCAUCCGGCUAUAUAAUUAGUCCUGGCUUUCCUAAUUUCUAUGAAGAGAAUCGCAAUUAUACCUGGCUUAUUUCUGGCAAGAUUGGACAAGUAGUGACAUUAAGGAUUCUCAACAUAUCGCUUCAUUGUCCUCACGAUUUCGUCAACAUGUAUGACCGUAACCAUAUAGUUGACCCCCCACUGGCAUCUCUGUGUGAGAGAGGCUCUACAUUCAACAUAACAUCCACCACCCACAACGUGUUCAUCAACUUCAGAACUGAUGGAAUAGAUUCAAGGAAAAAAGGUUUUGUGGCAUAUUAUUCUAUUCACGGUCAAUACGGAGACUACUGUACAAGCGCAGACCAAUGCCCAGUUGGACUUGUCUGUAACGCUACAAACAAAUGUGACUGUUCAAAAAGUGAAAAGUAUGAUUUAAAAUACAAAAUAUGCAAGAAAGCUCUGAUACACGGUAAACCAUGUGGUGUAAAUUCUGAAGGAUAUUGUCUUUUAUUUCUGGAAUGUAUCCCCGACAGCAAGGGCGUAUUCAGGUGUUUGUGUCCAGACCACACUUAUUUCGAUAUAGACAAAUGUCAUCCAAGUAAGUUUAAAGGAGUAUUUCAUGUGUACAUAUAUUUAUAUAUAUAUAUGUGUGUCUGUCUGUGUGAGUGCAUUUGUGUCUAUGCUAUUAAAUAUGUCUAUAUGUUAUAAAACACACAUCUAAAUUAUACACACAUAUAUUUGUAUGUGUAGUGUGUGUGUUUAUUUGUAAGUGUUUUAGUAUAUUGGGAAGCGUGGUCGAGAGGCCAAGUGCGCUUGAACUUGGCCUGGCUACCUAGAGAGAAAGAGAGAGAGAGAGA